GCUAACUACUGCUAAUGAUGCGCGGCCACGACACGGUUUUCGUCGAGACGGAGGCGCCCGACCCGCUCGCAGGGCAGCCCACCGACCAGUACGGCAUCCCGCUCUCGGUCGCGCACGCCCCGCAGACCGACCUGCCCGUGUGGCAGUACAUCCACCAACUGUCGACGCCUCUGGCCAACUCCAAGAGCGCCGACCGCCCGCACACGCACAUCUGCAUCCUGUGCGCGGCGUCCCCUCCGCUGCGCCCCACGGGCAAGAAGGCCUUCACGUGGCGCAAUGCGCUCAUGCGGCAGCGCAUGUCCACGAACGCCGUGUCGCACCUGCAGCGCGUGCACCCCGAAGAGUUCGUGGCCAUCGCCGACUACAAGCAACGCAAGCGCCAGGCGCUGGAGGAGAAGGCGGCGGCCAAGGCCAGUGAGCCCAAGAUGAAGCGCGCCAAGAGAACGCCCGGACCCAAGCGCAAAGCGGCCAGAACGUCUCAGGCUGAGGAGACCCACGGGACCGUCGAGGGGGAACUGACGGAUGCCACGCCCAUUGCUCUCGUGGCCAAGGCUCAAAGCUCCGGGGUGCAGACCAGACCCCCGAGUGCUGGAGUGUUGGCGCGGAAGCGUGCGGUGGGGAAGACGGCGGAUCUGCUGAAGACGUGGCUCAUUUCCUCGGGGCUGCCCGUGUCCAUGCUGCGAGACGAGACGUUCCAGCAGGUGAUGAAGCUGUCAACGUCGGCCAUGUUGGCGAUGCCCUCGGCGUCCAACUUGAACGCGCAAGUGCAGGACAAGUUUGCCAAGUUUGGCGGCUUCCUGAGGUCGUACCUUGCGGCGGAGUCGCAGGCUGCAUUGGGGCUGCCGUUCCUGACGCUGCGCCACGAGUUCCGGCCGAUCUCUGCUUGUGAGGAUGCAGCGAGAGGGGUCGUGACGUCGAACGAGGAGAGGGCGUUCCUCAGUGUCGAGGUGGGCUUCAUUGACUCGCAGUGGCGCAGAGUGGAUCUCGUGCUGGCGGCGAAAGAGGUCCCGCGCGGAUGGGACCAGCAAGUCACUCAGCUGGUGACUCGCACGGUGUCGGAGACUUAUAACGUCGACGCGAUCUCGAACUACGCCCGGUUCCAUGUGAAUACCGACGAAGACACGCCGUCGACGCUGGCGGCUGGUGGCGAUUACGAGCCGUCUACUGACGAGCAAGAGGACCUGCUUACGCGUACUCUUCGUGGCUGUGUGACGGAGGCCUUGGGUCUCGGCUCCAACACUGCCUUUGGCGGUGAGACUGAUGUUCGUCGCAUUUUGCGCUUGCUGCAAACGCUCCUGAAGUACUUCGAGGCCCCCGAUCGAGCGGCUGCUCUGGCGGAGAUUAGUGCCGCGCACAACGUGCAGGCGCCUCUGUGCUCGACGUCGUCGAUUGACGAGCUGGCGCAGUCCAAUCUCACGUCGAUUGGAGCGCUCGCUGAGCUCUUGCGGGUCAGUUGCACGCGCUACCGCGCGUACUGCUUGUACUUCCAGUCGCCUAUGCGGCAGACAGCGGCUGAUCCCGAGUUGGAGACGGCUUGGAUGCAGCUUGGCCUCGACGACUGGCGCACUGCCACGGAGAUCGAAGCGACGUUGAACCAGCUCGCGCAGUUCCGUCUGGAGGAGCGCCUUGCUCCGCGCGCUGGAGCGGUCGCUCCAUCCUACGCUUUGCUGUUCCGGCGUCUACUUGGAGUCACGGCUCACGCCACCAGUCUGAAGUGCCUCUCGCUGGAUGACGACAACUCGUCCACUGCCAACCGUGCUGCUCGCCGCAAGUCCAAACGCGCCGACGCGUUUACGUCUACCGGUCAGCACUGUAUCGUGCGUCUGCGCCAGUUGAUCGCCAAGCGAUUCCCUGCUCCUUCGACCUCAGCAGCUGUGGACGAUGAGAUCAAGGCGAUGCUGCUGGACCCGCGCAUCAGCUCCAAGGCGGCCAACCUCGUGACCGACACGCGCGCGUUCCGCCAUGCUCAAGAAGCUCUGCGUCAGGAGCACCGCGUCGUGUUCGAGCUGAUUGCAGGUCGAUCGGCCGAUGCGAACGCGAACGUUAACGCCGAGGAGGAGGAGGAAGAAGAUGAAGACGAGGACGACGACGACGACGAGAUCAGCGCGCUGUUGAUGGUUGAUGGGCCGAAGAACCAGCCGCCUGCUGCCCCCUCCACCACUAGCAACGGUAAGCGCUCUAGUAGCGCCGUCGCUGAGGACGAGGAACGUGCGUGGCGCGAGUGGCAGCAAGUGUACGUCGCCUGGGAUACGCUUGCGACUGAGGGCGCCGAUCUAUUCGACAAGGGUCAGUACAACUUGCUCAAGCUGUACCACCACGUGAAUAUCCUCAAGUGGUUCCGCGAAGUUGGCCAGCAGGCGCACCCGGCAGCGUCGUUGCUGGCGCGUAUGUACCUUGGCCGGGAGUCGGGUCCGUCGCGCGCUCUCGGAGCGUCGCUUCUCCGCUUUACGAAGCAGGAGGAUGCCGACUGGGUGUCAGGAGCUCUCCAGCGAGCGGAGAAGCGCUGCAUUCUGCACCACAACUGGCAGCAGUUCCAGCAGCUGAGCGUCAAUGCGGCGCCUUUCGCUAGCAGCGAUGAAAACGUCAACAUCAGUACGGUUUGA